GUAAAUUGAGAGGUUUUCUUAACUUCUUACUUCACUGGUAAAAUGAACGGUGAAAGAUGUCCAGACAAUAGUCAUUAUAACAACAGUAUUGCUCGGUGUGAUUGUAAUGAAGGAUUUUUUCAAUCAGAUUGUAGUCAAAAAUGUGAUCCAGGAAAGUACGGGUUUGCAUGUGGCAGUACAUGUUCAUCCUGCUCUAUAGACGACUGUAAUCAUGUUUAUGGCUGUCCUCAGAUCGUGAGCACAACUUUAUCACGCAUUCCAUCCUCUUCAACUGACAUAGAAACAUCGUCUGAAACAGAGAACGCCAGUGUGGUCGUCAUUAGUAUCGUGUCUGUGGUCGCCACUCUGAUUGUAGUUGGACUAGUCUUAUUCUGCUGCUUUCGCAUAUUAAGAGAAAAAAAGAAAAGGAGCAGAAAUGGAACAAAUGAAGACGCAAGUGGUGUAUUUUUAAUGCCUGGAGUAGACAGAUAUGCAGAAUCAAAUAAUAGUGACAACCUAUAUACUGAACCUAAUCUUUACGAAUCUGAUGUAACGAGUGCAAGAGAUAACGAUUCUACAGUUGAUUCAACAAAGUUCGAAACUCGGGUCAAGGAAGUCACGCCGGAAGUCGAUGAAGAUCACUACAAUCACAUAACCCUUAAAAUUGACCUGAAUCCUAAGUACAACAGGGAUGACACUGACCUUGGUGAUAUGUACAGCCAUAUUAAAACCACACACCCGCCCUCUAGAGUCCUGACGGAUAAUCAGUACAGUCACGUGACCAGCGAUUCCAGCCCUUGAAUAUUUUGUUUUAGACCUAAUUCCUCUCAAAAACUUCAUGUUCUAAGAAUAUCCAUGAGAUGAUGUACGUAAAUGAAUGCAUCUACAUUAAAUAUAUUUUAUUUAA